AACGCCCCUCUUCUCUCUUUCUUUUUCAGCACAAAUAGAGAUCAUCCCGUGCAAGGUGUGCGGCGACAAGUCAUCGGGCGUCCACUAUGGCGUGAUCACCUGCGAGGGCUGCAAGGGCUUCUUCCGCCGCUCGCAAUCCUCGGUGGUCAACUACCAAUGUCCGCGCGCCAAGGCCUGCACGGUGGACAGGGUGAACCGGAACAGAUGCCAGUACUGCCGACUGCAAAAGUGCCUGCGGCUGGGCAUGAGCAGAGAUGCCGUGAAGUUUGGUCGCAUGUCCAAGAAGCAGCGCGAGAAGGUGGAGGACGAGGUGCGGUACCACCGGGCGCAGCAGCGUGCCCAGACGGAGACAGCGCCCGACUCGUCCGUGUUCGACCAGCAGACGCCGUCCUCGUCUGACCAGCUGCAGUAUGGCGGCUACGGGUACACGAGCGAGGUGGGCAGCUACGGCUCGUCCAGCCACGGGUAUUCGGGCUACGGCCAGGUGGCCCAGCACGCGGGCAUGCAGUACGACAUCAGCGCGGACUACGUCGACUACGUGGACUCCACGACGGCGUACGACCCGCGGCCCACCCCCGGCACGCCGAGCGUGGACACCCCCGCCACCGACUCGGCCCUCCUGCCGUCGGCAGUCACCACCGGCAAACAAACCUCCCUCGCAACCAACACUCCUCACCUCUCCCAACACCACCACCUCCCGCAUCAAGCCCAGCCGGGGCCGGGGCCUGGUGGGCAGCCUCAGCAGCAGCCGGCCGGCAGCGGUAGCAGCGGUAGCAGCGGUAGCAACGGUAGCGCACAGAGCUCGCAGAGGGUAGCCGCUGCCCGACCGGCGAGUAGUAACAGCACUCUGGUAGCCGUGAAGCAGGACCCCGAGGAGCUCGCGGAGCUGGGCUCCAGCACUGUGACGGGCUAUGUGGACAGCACCACGUACCCGUCUCCCGCCCCGGCGGGGCCCUCGGGCUCGGGACCGGAUUGCUCGCCCAUGAGAGAGGCCGAAGUGGCGCCCAGUCACCCUAAUCCAGCACAGAUCUCUGAACUUCUAAGCAAGACAAUUGCGGAUGCACAUGCUAGGACAUGUCUAUUUACACUGGAACAUAUACACGAUAUGUUCCGGAAACCACAGGAUCUCUCCAAGCUCAUUUACUACAAGGAUAUGGCACAUGAGGAAUUAUGGCUUGAAUGUGCCCAAAAGCUCACAACUGUCAUUCAACAAAUCAUUGAAUUUGCAAAAAUGGUCCCUGGCUUCAUGAAGCUCCAUCAAGAUGAUCAAAUCGUCUUGCUAAAAGCUGGGAGCUUUGAGUUAGCAAUACUACGCAUGAGUCGUUACUACGAUCUAAGCCAGAACUGUGUAUUAUAUGCUGAAACUAUGCUUCCUCAAGAUGCAUUUUAUACUAAUGAAACAGCAGAAAUGAGACUUGUGAAUUUUGUAUUUGAUUUUGCACGGUCAAUAGCUGAAAUGAAACUGACAGAAACUGAAUUGGCACUAUAUUCAGCAGUGGUUCUUCUUUCACCAGAUCGACCAGGACUGAAGGGCAUUGCAGAAAUCACAAGACUCAGUCAGGCUGUUCAAAGAGCACUAAGAAUUGAAAUGGAUCGCACACAUCCCCAACCCAUUAAAGGGGAUGUUACUGUUUGUGAUGCCAUGCUUGCAAAAAUUCCAGUUCUCAGAGAUCUGAGCAUGUUACACAUGGAUGCGUUAGCAAAGUUCAAACGAUCCACACCUCAUCUGGAGUUCCCUGCUCUACACAAGGAGUUAUUCUCAGUGGACAGCUGAGCAAGGGCAGAUGCCGCCACAUGCGGUGUGCUGUUGAGCCUUUCCUGAAGACUGCUAUAGAUGAGGGAACCAAUUGGAGUCAACAAGUGCAGGAACAUAAGAGUUUGAAUGAAGCAAAUUAUUUAUACAUGGUUGCCUGAAGGAAAAGAAAAGAACUCUACUUGAAGCUCUUGUGUCUGUAAGCUGCCUUUUCCCUUGAUAUAAUUUAAAUACCUUGAUAAGGUAGCAUUCAACAAUUGCUUCAUGUUGUGCAGAAAGCUUAACUUCUUGGUAAUAUAUCAGGGAUAGAAGACAAAAGUAGGCUAUAUUGUUGUUGUUGUUGUUGAUUAUUUUAAUGAAGUUUAACACAUAAAAAGAAUAAUGGAGAGGAGAUGUGUGAUGUAUAGCGCUCAUUUUGACCAAAGUAAAGAAAAUCCAUUUACUAGACAAAUACAAAUGAUUGAAAGUAAAUUAGAAGCUUUAAACUGCCUACACUGUUUUUCUACUUUCUUGGAAAAUUUAGAUAAAUUAAUUGUAAUUGUUUUUAUAGAAACUGGUUCUCAUUUCUUUUAUAGACAAAGAUUAAAUUAGACUGUUGAUUCUCUAUGUUGAUACAAAGCAUGAGAAACUCUUUAAACUAAUGACAACAUAGUCUUGGCUCCAAAACAAUUAUUUUUAUUCUUGAGACUCUUAAGUCUUUGUUGACAUUUGCUUUACUGUAACAUCCCACCUAAAUACCUAGUUUACCUUGAAGGGUUUUGUGUUUAAGCACUACCGGUAGAUAAAAUUUGUAGGGCCAAGAAACCCUAUUUAUUAUUUUUGAUUUUUUACCAAAAUGGGACAUUUUUAGCUCCGUAUCAUUUUUGAAAAAAUCCUAUUGAACAAAGAAAUUUUUCCGUAGCACUUCGGUUACAAUCAGUUAUUUUUGAGCUCUAGACCCCCUCACAGAGAUUUAAUUUAUGUGUCAGUGUGUAAGUAAUUUCCUAAUUUUGAUUGGUUUUUAAACCUUUUCAUGUAUACUGUAUUUAGGUGGUUUGGUAUAUUGAAAAGGUUGUAUAACAAUCUAUGAGAUUGUGAGAGAGUAUACAACUUGUCAUUAAAUAAUACAUCAAGAAAUAUCAUGUAAAGCUUAUUCACAUGCUCUGUCUCAACCUGUACAAAGUAAGAUAAGAGGAGAAAUUGUAUUGGUAAUGCCUAUGUGUAUGUACGUACAUACUCCUGUACAAAGAUACAAGUGCGAAUAUUAAUACGUACCUACAUAUUGUGUGUAAAGAGAGCACUGAGUAGAAUCAAUAAAGAAUUUAUCGGGGAAAACUGCUAAGGUUAAGGGAUAACAUUGCCUUAUUAAGUAUAAAUAACAAAUAUUAUUAUUAUUAAUGUUAUAACAAGUUUAGAAAGAGAUAUAUACUGUAUAUAUAUAUAUAAACUUAAACACACAUAUAUAUAUAUACACAUUAUAUAUAUGGAGUAGUGACGCAGUACUAUAGGGAGAAAAUAGAACGAGGGACAGGCAUGGCUUCUCAAUCACAUAAACAUCUGUGAACAACUAUGGUACAUGUACUGUCAUGUCUUGACACAUCUUCAAUUUCGUUAAUUUAUUUUGUUCUAAGGCUGUACUGGUCAAUUUGACUUAGGUUGUCUGUGUUUGCUCGUUCAAGAAGUUGCCUUUUUGUUGUUGCAUGUCCCUCUGCAUCGAAAAAUUUUUUGAGGCCUUAAUUUAUGACAAAAUGUGAAGAUGGUGCUUUGUUAUUGUUGUUUUCUUUGGUACCUAAAUAAAUAAGUACAAUAUGA